AUGGCGGCGCCUACAAUCGACAACAUUGUCGAAGAACUAUUACCGGAUUUUGGCGUGAACGCUCUGAAACCGGAACAGAAGGAAAUAAUUAGCAAUAUUACAAAGAAGAAAGAUUGCAUUGCUGUCUUGCCAACUGGGUUUGGAAAGUCGUUGCCAUUCCAGGUUUACGCUGCAGCUCAGAAACGAACUAGUCGUGAGGCUGGACAUGUACUCGUAUGUUCGCCAUUGAUAGGCCUGAUGAAGGACCAGACCAAAAAGCUGUCUCGUAUCAGUUACUUAAGCGUUGGCUACAAAGACCGGGGUUUUGAUAUAGAUGAAAGUGUGGGCUCGAUGAUGGACCAGGUAAAAAUUCCAGCAUUUACUCGUGGCAAGUGA